CACCCACAAUUUACAUAAACUAUCAAGAACAAAUAAAACAAAGUACCACCACAAAACUAACAUGGCAAAGCUCAUUCUCAUCCUCGCGGCACAAAUCAUCCUCCUCGGCGCAACUGUUACUUCUGCCGGAAAAAAUGGUGAAGAGUUUGCAAGAACAAUAAACCGAAAACACCUCGGCAAAAAAGAGAAACUCACACAUAUCCGUGUUUAUUGGCACGACAUUUUAAGUGGUCGAAACCCAAGUUCCAUCAGGAUCCAACAACCGGUGUCGAAAUACUCAGCUUCCUCAUUCUUCGGAUCAAUCACCAUAAUAGACAACGCUUUAACAUCAAUUAACUCGACUGUGGUGGGCCAAGCCCAAGGGAUGUACGCCGGAGCAGCUCAAAAGGAAUUAGGGUUCUUGAUGGCAAUGAACUUUGCUUUUAAGACUGGUAAGUAUAAUGGGAGUACCAUCACGAUUCUUGGUCGUAAUACGGUGUUAUCCAAGGUUAGGGAGAUGCCAGUGCCAGUGGUUGGAGGCAGUGGAAUGUUCCGGUUCGCUAGAGGUUAUGUCGAGGCUCGGACCAAAUGGUUUGAUAUUAAGACGGGUGACGCUACUGUUGAGUAUAAGUGUUAUAAUAUCUUGCAUUAUUGA